UUUUUUUCCCAUCUGCACAAACAAGCGAGGAGAGGGAGGGAGAGACAGGAAGGGAGAGAGAAUCUCUCUCGAUUUCUGGGUUUAAGCUGUUCAAGAGUCAUCGAUCUCGAGUUUCGAUUUUGUUGCUGAUAUUUUUAGCUGAGGGAAUUUAGGCUUUUUCUUUUGCUGCAUUUUGCUCUGAAUCCUCUCCCUCUCGUUUUUAGUUUUUUUGCUGUUGGCGUUCUUUUUGGUUUCUUCUGUACGUAGGAAAUGGAGAGCAGUCGUAGUGGAAUGGAAUCGAUUCUCCCUAACUACAAGAUGGGGAGAACUCUUGGUAUCGGUUCCUUUGGUCGUGUGAAAAUAGCUGAGCAUGCAUUAACAGGGCAUAAGGUUGCUAUCAAGAUCCUCAAUCGUCGCAAAAUCAAGAGCUUGGAGAUGGAGGAAAAAGUGAGGAGAGAGAUCAAAAUCUUGAGACUGUUUAUGCAUCCCCACAUUAUCCGUCUCUAUGAGGUCAUAGAGACCCCGACAGAUAUUUAUGUUGUCAUGGAGUACGUGAACUCUGGCGAGCUUUUUGACUAUAUCGUAGAGAAGGGUAGGUUGCAGGAGGAUGAGGCUCGCAAUUUUUUUCAGCAGAUAAUAUCAGGAGUGGAAUAUUGCCAUCGGAAUAUGGUGGCUCAUAGAGACCUUAAGCCAGAGAACUUGCUUUUAGAUUCUAAGUGCAAUGUGAAGAUUGCUGAUUUUGGACUGAGCAACAUAAUGCGUGAUGGUCAUUUCUUGAAGACAAGCUGCGGAAGUCCGAAUUAUGCUGCUCCUGAGGUCAUUUCUGGCAAACUGUAUGCUGGUCCUGAAGUAGACGUCUGGAGUUGCGGUGUGAUACUCUAUGCUCUUUUGUGUGGGACUCUUCCUUUUGAUGACGAAAAUAUUCCAAACCUUUUCAAGAAGAUAAAGGGAGGGAUAUAUACACUUCCAAGCCACUUAUCUCCUGGUGCUAGGGAUUUGAUUCCACGGAUGCUUGUGGUCGACCCUAUGAAACGAAUGACAAUCCCUGAGAUCCGACAACACCCUUGGUUCCAAGCUCAUCUUCCUCGGUAUUUGGCUGUUCCUCCUCCAGAUACAAUGCAGCAAGCCAAAAAGAUCGAUGAGGAUAUUCUUCAAGAGGUGGUCAAUAUGGGAUUUGAAAAGAAUCAUCUCAUUGAAUCCCUACGCAGCAGAGUCCAGAACGAUGGAACAGUGACAUACUAUCUGUUAAUGGACAACCGUUUCCGAAUCUCUAGCGGUUAUCUGGGAGCUGAAUUUCAGGAGAGUAUGGAAGGGUCCCGUAACCGAAUGCAUCCAGGAGAAGCUGCUGUUGCUUCACCAGUUGGUCAUCGCCUCUCGGGAUUUAUUGAUUACCAAGGAAUGGGAAUGAGAUCCCAAUACCCAGUUGACAGAAAAUGGGCUCUCGGACUUCAGUCUCGAGCUCAUCCGCGUGAAAUAAUGACGGAAGUGCUGAAAGCCCUGGGAGACCUGAACGUGUGUUGGAAGAAGAUAGGGCAGUACAACAUGAAGUGCAGAUGGGUUCCUAACAACAUGGAUGGAAUGCUCAACAAUUCCAUGCAAGACCACUGCUUUGGGGAUGAUUCCAACAUAACGACAGACGAUGAUGAUGAUUCAGUUGCUGCCGCUGCUGCCAAGUCACCAAACGUUGUCAAGUUUGAAAUUCAGUUAUACAAAACCAGGGACGAGAAGUAUCUGUUGGAUCUGCAGAGGGUGAAAGGUCCUCAGUUCUUGUUCUUGGAUCUUUGCGCCGCCUUUCUUGCUCAGCUCCGUGUCCUCUGAUGAAUUCUUUCAACAACCCCCCCCCUCCGCCUCACGAAGACAUUGAUCCUGUCCGUGUUACCUCUUUUUUUUUUUUACUUUAAAAAAUGAAAAAAAAAGAAGAGAGAGGUUCUAGUUUCUUUGUACUUUUUUUUUGGGGGGAGGGAAAAUCCUAGCUUGAUGCAAGAAGAAGACAGCCAGUGAUGUACAUAACUUUUGAAAGUCGCUGGGCAUAUUUCUGUUAAAAAGAUCCUCAAGAACAGAACAUACAGUUUGGUUU